GACGAUUUUGGAAUGGAAAGGGAGAUUGCAGUUCCAGCCUUUGUUCAUAAACAUCAAAGUCCCUCUCCACACUUUUCCUCACCCCACCUUCUGGGGUUGCAGAGUGGCACAGCAGUAACACCAGCAAAGGGACUAGCACGAAGUCCAAGGACAGGGUCUCCCAUUCCCAGCCUGAGCCACACACCCCAUGCUUCUCCCAGCUCUCGUGACUUGGAACUGCACUCUUUGCGGAACCAGGUCCAAGAGAUCCAAGAUAAGUUAAAUGGGGACAUUGUAAGCAGUACAGAAUAUCAGCAGCUAUUCUAUGAGAAGGUGAAACUUGAGGAAACAUUGGGGGCCACAGAACAUGAACUCCAACAGCUUCAAACUGCAUAUAAUGACUUAGAGACAAAUGCUGCCUUGACUGAGAGGAAUUUGAACUCUGAGCUCAGAGAUAUGAAAGAAAAGUAUCAGGUUAAAACAGAAAAGCAUAAAGCCACACUAGAAGAACUAACAAGAUUAACAGACUACCUGAGAGACCUGCCCACUCUGGAUGAGCACCAACAACUGCAACAACAGCUAGCCAGAAAAUCUGCCCAGUCUACACAUUUGUCCAGGAAAAUUGACCACCUCACUCAGAAAUUGGCUGAGUUGGCAGCAAGGGAGAGUGAACAGGAGGCCAGAAUUGAAGUCUUGUCUCACGAGAAUGAAGACUUGGCUCUCAAACUAGGACUAACUGAGAAAAUUUUAAAGGACCUGGAGAGUCAGAAAGCAGCUGCACAUGAGGAGGGUCAACACAGCAAGGAGGAUUUACUGUGGCGACUAGACCAAGUGACAAAAGAGCUGGAUAGUGCCAAGAAGUUACUGAGCUACAGGAAGCAGAAGCUAGAGUCUCAACAGAAGGAAAUCCUAAUACAAGAAAAAAAACACAAUGCAAAAAUGCAGGCAGAAGUUGAGCUUGGGGAGAAGCUUAAAGAGCAAGUUUGGGAUAUGGAGAAGGAGCUGGAAGAUUGCAAGCAGAGAGAAGAAAAGACUAAAAACAGCCUUGCUAAGGCAACAGAAAAACAAAUAAGAACCGAAGAACGUUUAGAGGUCACCUUAAGCCAAAUCAGGUCUCAGCAUCAGACAUCUUCGACGGUUGUUUCCCUCAUAGCCCACUUGAACAGUGCAGUGCUCCAGCUAAGGGAUCUGGUAACUGUCUCCCAGCAAAUUAGCCAAGGGACUCUCCCAGACCUUACCGUGUUAUUGAACUUCAAAGAUCCUGAAGUAGCAGACCAAGGGGGAAUGCUUACUGCUGAUGACCUGCAAGAAAGACUGAGUGACGUUCGUGGCUUGAUAAGUGAGCUGGACCGGAUCAGGACAGCAUUGCAGGAGGAACAUGCAAAUCAGUUGGCCUCUAAUGUGUCAUGUGCACAGAUGUGAUUAGACCAUUUUAUGUCAACUUGUUUGCAGGGUUUUAUAGAAUGGAUAUGUGAAUAUAUGUAUAUUUAUUACUUUUGUGGAAAUAAAAUGUAUGUAGUAGUUAUUAAGCAGCAGGUAGGUUAAUCAUAUUUAUAUGUAUUUAUAUUUAUUGUUUUGUUUUGAUUUUACAUUUUAAUCAAUCCACAUAUCGUUUUUGUAACAAAUGUGCAUAAUGUGAACACAAUCUAAUUACUGAAUUUGCCAGCAAAAGAAAACCCAAAACUGUAUCACUCACUACUACUGAUAUCUCUUAUGUAACAAAUAUAUUACAAAACUUGACUUUCGAGGAACACUGCAGAAUUGUCUGCUGUUAUCACUUCCCUAUAUGUUUGAGUUAAGGGAGACAUGAAUCGUUAUGAAGAUGGAAAUGCAAUGUGGAUUUUCAUCCACUGAACAAACAUUAAAAAUAUUCAAGUACUUUUGUUUCAAAGCUUGCUUUAAUGGUUGCUGAAUGUUAACCUGUCUAACAUUUUUUCAUAUUAUUACAUGUGAAUGUUUUAUUAUUAUUAUUAUUUUUUUAUUAUUAUUAUUAUUAUUAUUAUUAAGAUUAUUAUUUUUUAUUUAUUUUUUUAUUUUUUAGACAAAUGACCUUGUAAACAAUAAUGGAUAAAACAAAAUAACCACUCCAUUCUUGGUAGAAACUGCCACUAGUAAUAAAUACAAUCUUGAUGAAAAAAGACGGUCAGUAUUUAAAAAAACAUUUUAUUUUCAGUUCAGUUCAGAUUUGCAAAGGCUAGCUUCACUUGCCUUUUCAGUUCAGUUCAGAUUUGCAAAGGCUAGCUUCACUUGCCUUUUCAGUUCAGUUCAGAUUUGCAAAGGCUAGCUUCACUUGCCUUUUCAGUUAUAUAUCCCAAACAGGACUGGACACUAGAUAUAGGAUUUGUAAAGUUAUUUAUAUGUCUAUAGUCUUCCUCAUAUAAUUGUACAUUAUGUUGCAAAGAAAUAGUUUUGUUCUGAAUACAGUAUAUUUUUAAAUGACUGAGGAGCUGCCUCAUUUUCAGCUGUGAAGUAGGUUGUUGUUUUUUUAUGUUGAAAAUAAAGUCAUU